GUCGGCGGCGCGGGGCGUGUCGGGAAGGCGGCGGGCUAGUGCGACCCUCGGUGACGGCAGCAGCGGGAGUCAUGGUGGGUGGUGAGGCCACCGUCUCAAUAGAGGAGCUGGUUUCCGGGGUGCGGCAGGCGGCCGACUUCGCCGAGCAGUUCCGCUCCUACUCGGAGAGCGAGAAGCAAUGGAAAGCGCGCAUGGAGUUCAUCCUGCGCCACUUGCCCGACUACCGAGACCCACCCGACGGCGGCGGCCGCCUGGACCAGCUGCUGUCCCUAUCCAUGGUCUGGGCCAACCACCUCUUCCUGGGUUGCAGUUACAAUAAAGACCUUCUGGACAAGGUGAUGGAGAUGGCUGACGGGAUUGAAGUGGAAGACCUGCCACAGUUUACAACCAGAAGUGAAUUAAUGAAAAAGCAUCAAAGCUAAGACAGAUCUACCACAUUUCCACCCCUGGGGACAGGCUUAAGGAGGCCAGGGUGGAGGUGACUGAACCAAGGCAGCUCUUGAAAUUCUUGGUGUUUGCAGCAUAGAAGCAGCUGGAAUGGAAAGGGAUGUGUCUACAAGGACUUCAAAGAAGUCUUGGUUCUUCCAGAAGCUGUUGCUGUAAAGUACAUAUACUUAUAUAUUUAUAAACAACAAACUGAAAUUUCAUCAGCAUCGUCCAAGCCAAACUUUGUUUGAAAUGCCUUUUAUGUUGUUAUAAUAAUGACAGUAAUGGAUUUUAUAAUUUGAUAUUUUUUAGCACAGUACCUUUCAAUGCAGUUCUGGUUUUUGCCUCACCCCCAUUCAUUUUUGUCCUUCCAAGGCAAGCCAGAUUCUCCUUAUUUCUAUCUGAACCCGCUCUGUACUUGAAGCUCACUGCCUAUGGCCACUGAAGGACUGAACAUUCACUGCCUGCCUCAUUGGAGUGCACCCACUGCUGGACUCUCAGAUCUUUGUGUGGGAAAUGGGAAUCAUGUUGCAGGCCUGAAGUAGUAGCCCAGCUAGCUCAUAGGAAGGAGGGUGAUUACACAAAAGCAUCUGGCCUCAUUUUAAAAUGCGCUGAGGGCCAGAGGUGUGGCUCAGUGCGCGAGUGCUUGCAUAGCAUGCUUGAGGGUCUGGACUUAGUCCCCAGUAUUGCAGAGAGAGAAAAAAACAGCUAGUCAGAUUAAAAAUUCUUAGAAGAAUAUACAGCUUUGUCCAGCCAGCUAGCUGGCUGAUUUCUAGACUCUCUAGGUCUCUCAGGCUGCUCAUAUGCCUACAUCACUUUGUUUCUAGAAGGUUUUCAGACUUGGAGAACCGUCUUGUACAUCUCUAGAUUGUAGUACAAUUGUGCUUUGCUCUGUCUGAGGUGGUGGUAUUGAUAUUCCAUCUGACAGCUGAUAUGUCUGUUCUGAACCCCCUUCAGUUCCUUCUGUUUAGUCUCACCAUUAGGUAAAUGCCUGAACUGUGGGUAGCAGUGGGACAGUGUACCACAGCAGAACUCAUCAAUGGCAGGCCUUUUAUGGUCAGUAAGUCAGUGGGGUCUGCCUUGACUUUGUAUACUGAGUACAGGAAAUCAGAUACCCAGAAGCUGGGGCCGGUGGUGUCUGGGGUCAGAGCAGUGGGACGACAUUCUUGGUGGCCUGAGAUGAAGGCAACAUCUUUGUUUUUCCUAGCUGCAGUCCCCAUUGACCAGGGUAGAGCAGGAGUCAGUCAAGACAAACUCCCCAGGCAAUGGAGGUCAAGAUGCUAAUUACAGAGGCCUCGGCAACAUAGUGACUGAGCUCAGCGCUGAAAUCACUGAGACUUAGUUUUGUCUCCCAAAUGCAGUCUCGCCCUCCUCCAUUCUAAUCAUUUGUCAAAUUUGUGAGGCUUAGAAACAAAAUGAAAAAUUGUGAUGAUUCACGUUAUAAUGUUCUUUCUGUAUACAAACCCCCAAUAAAACAGCUUUUCUAUUGAA